GAAAAAGAUAAGCAGCAAGAGUAUCCCAAAAGACAGACAAAAUGGGCAAAGAAGGAUUGAGAUAUGCAGCAAAAGUUGAGCUUGACAAAGAUGCAGGCACGCUCCCUUAUCUACACAACCGAUGGCACCCCGACAUUCCCACCAUUGGCGACAUCAAGAAUGGCGAGACUGUCAAGAUCGAAUGUGUGGACUGGACGGGAGGACAGAUUGGCAACAAUGACUCGGCCGAUGACAUGAGAGAUGUCGAUCUCACCAGAAUUCACUACCUGACCGGUCCUUUCAAUAUCGAGACUGCUGAGCCGGGAGACAUACUCGUGGUGGAGAUCCAAGAUGUGCAGCCGCUGGAGCACCAACCAUGGGGCUUCACAGGAGUCUUUGCCAAAGAGAAUGGAGGAGGCUUCCUCGAUGAGAUCUACCCUAAGCCCGCAAAAGCGAUCUGGGACUUCGAAGGCAUACACUGCAGUUCUCGCCACAUUCCGGGCGUUCGAUUCGCCGGCCUCAUUCACCCAGGCAUUCUCGGCUGCGCUCCUUCCCAAGAAGUGCUUGAACUCUGGAACAAACGCGAAGGCGAGCUCAUCUCCGCUUGCAGCCACAUGGAUCGUGAUGUCGCCAAGCCGCCCGAGCCUAUCAAUGUCCACGUCGGGACCGGCGAUGCUUCGAUCAAAGAGAAAGUGGGAAAAGAAGGUGCCCGUACCAUUCCUGGUAGACCGGAACAUGGAGGUAAUUGUGACAUUAAGAACUUGAGCAGAGGCAGUAAAGUCUACCUGCCAGUUCACGUCAAGGGUGGAAAGUUCUCUGUGGGCGAUUUGCACUUCUCCCAGGGUGAUGGAGAAAUCUCCUUCUGCGGUGCAAUUGAGAUGGCGGGCGUCAUCACCAUCAAGUUUACGGUGAUGAAGGGUGGAAUGGAGAAGUUGGGCAUGAAGAGCCCAAUUUACAUCCCUGGUCCUGUCGAACCCCAAUUCGGUCCGGGACGAUACAUCUACUUCGAAGGAUUCUCCGUCGACGAAAAUGGAAAGCAACAUUACCUCGAUGCCACUGUGGCCUAUCGACAAACUUGCCUGAGAGUCAUUGAGUACUUGAGGAGGUACGGAUACGACGAUUAUCAGAUCUAUCUGUUGCUGUCCUGUGCACCUGUACAAGGACAUAUCGCGGGUAUUGUAGAUAUCCCCAAUGCCUGCACGACGCUGGGUUUGCCGAUUGAUAUCUUCGACUUCGAUAUCCGGCCCGAAGCGGAUGUGGUGAAGAGGGAUUUGGGAGCUUGUGCGAAGGCUAGUUCUUGAAGUCGAACAAGGCAGAAAGGUAAGCUUGCAGGUGUAUGUACGGUAGCAGUGUAUGUAUUCGGUACCUCCUAGAAGAGAACCGAAAAGGCUUCGUCCUACCUUAGUCAUCUUGAGGCUGAGCACGCGCGCACGUGCGGACGCGCGAGACUAGCACAAAGCCUAUUUGAG